UGUACUUUGUGUACUAUCACUGUAUACACGACGUGUGUGUGAAUGCGGGAAAAUUAAAAUGAUAACCUGCAGCUAAAGACCAAGGCAAGAGUUCCGAGUUAUCCUGUUAAAAACGAAACUCAUAUUUUGGGUGACAAUCUGAAGAUGGUAAAGAAAAAGACGAAAUCAAGUAAAAAGGGAAGGAGGCGUGCAUUGAAGGAAGAUGUACAUGCUACCACUAGUUUGCCCCCAGCUGUGGAAGGGCAACUGAGGUGUUUUCUGAGGGUCAGCGUCAGUAAGAUCGUUUGGCUGACUGCCAGACCCCCUGAUACAACCCAUGUCAGACUGAGAUGGUGGGGGGAGAUCACAGAGGGGAGCCUAUUCAGACCUCUUGAUGUUAAGAAUCCACAGAAGGCAGCCACUCGCACCGUCGCCAGGUUCCCAGUCCGAUGUGGACCCAAGCAGUUUGCAGCCUACCUCAAUGAUAUGGGAACUUUGAUUCUUGAGGUGAUGAAGGGAGCCAGUACACCGGUAAUCGGCAAGGCACAAAUCAAUGAGAUUGGACACCUGGCGCCUGAGAUACCUAUUAAUGGGUUUUACUCAGUGUUUGCCUGUAAAUCAGCGGAUAAAAUAGCAGAGCUGCAUGCCUCCCUAGUAUUUGAGCCCUUGCCCGCUGCGUAUGAUAGUUCUGGCUCCAUACCCACCACAGACCUGAGUGUAGCCACUGCUGGCACAGGUACAGCUGAAUCAAGCUCCACCAUGUCUCAGUCAGCCCGGGGUGCACCACCUCUACCUGUACCAAGAUCCCAUAGGCUAAUGUCCAGCUCUAGUGAUGACCCCUUCAUGUCACCCAUACCAAAGAUGCAAUAUAACAGGCAUGUGGAUGUGAACCCUGAACGGGUCAUCACAACGCCAAGAGGUAUCGAUUCCGACUACAGCUUCGUCAUAGGACCGGGUAGGGAUCAAGGCACCGAGAAGAAAACAAAACAAAAGUCUCACAUCAUCGCGGAAACCGGCCAUGAGAGAGAGCCUGUUGCAAGAGUAACAAGAAGAGGUCAAAGUUCAGAUACUGAAUACAGAAAAACAACUCCAUCGGAUGUUGAAACGCUUCUAGGUAGCAACCAAGAUCAAAGUGUGCCAGAGAUCCCAGUGCCUAGUAGACUGCGACAUCCUCGUCUCAAUCCAUCCAGCCAACCAGGCAGUGAUCUGAUCUCAGCGCUGUUAGAUCGUGGGACUAGGCUCAGGGACGACAUGAUCAGGUCAGAAUUGGAGCGAGGGAAGCCUACUGUGAAAGGAGCCCAGGACAGACUUGAUGUGGAUGUAGAGGAAUCAAGGAUACCAAAGAGACCUUCCUCUGGAGAGCUGUUCCGUGAGCUUCUCAAAAACGACGAGACACAAGGUCAUGUGACCGCUGCCCCUGCACGGGACAGAGAAACAAGAUUUGAAGACAGUAAUACGGAGGGUAGAACUGUUGAGCUUCUUGUUGGGGAUCAUAUUACCAUGCAAGAACUGAAUGAUCUCAGAACAUUACAGUCUGAGAUGUCUCCCCAGUCGAGUGUCUCCUCUGAGAGCGAGCUGCUGAGUGAGACCGAGGACCCACUCAGAGAUCAGAGUAUCCUGGAGGAACUCUUCUAUAAAGGAGGGAGGAGUAGCAGCAACUCUAGUCUGAGUGAUCUACUGAGUAGCGACGAUGAGGAAGAGGGCAAGACGAUAUCCAAGACAUCAAGGAUGAGGAGAAGAAGGAGAUCCUAUGAAUCUUCACUAAGUGACCCUGGAAAUCAGAGACCUCCAUCCAGGAAGGAUUCAACUACCAUUGAAUCAACCCAAGAUUUAUCCGGAGCACCUGAGGGAAAACCUAGUAACGAGCAGAAGGACUCAAGGCACGAACCAGAGAGGCCGAAACGGAGAGCUUCAAGUCUAAGGAGACAAAGUAGCAGUGGUGACUCGGACGCGGGAAGUACCUCUAGGCUGUCAUCAGAGGGCUCCAGGGUAUCCUUUGAUGUACCGCAUCAUCAUGUGGACAAGAGGGCAGUAAGCCCUGGUGAUGGUCUGAGUGUACAGCGACUCACUCUACUCGGAAGAGUCCACGUUGCUAGAGUCAUUAUUGAUUCACUCUGCUUAAAGGCAGCAUACAUACCAGGAAUGGAGGCAGCUCAUGAUAGGAGGCCCUCUAGAGGUGGAAGAGGGAGAGGUAGACCACCAAGGCCAUCGCUUAAACCAAAACCAAAAAGAUGUACAUAUUUUGUGGAGUACCAUUUUCCGGUCUCGGCAUCCCCACGUGGGCAAAACCUUGUGAACACCAUGGCAACUGAGGUCAUGCGAUUAGUGUCCAAGAAAGUGGACAGUAAUGGAGGAGUAACAUUUGGCCAUCGGUCAGUGUUUCCGAUCCGCUUUGAUGGGACGGCUGUAGACAGUUGGUGGAAGCAACUGCUUGUGUUCAAGGUGUUCUCCCGGAUCGCUGGCCAGAAAACGCCUACACUGCUCGGUGUAGCCAGUGUCCCCCUCCGAUCGGUCCUCCAGUCAUCGGAUCUAUCCAUAUUAGAUGUGGACUUGGAUGUGAAAGACAAGAGCCAACCAUCCUCUUCAUCUAAGAUGGGACAAGAGUCAAGCACUGAUGGGCACAGUCCCAGCGACACCAUCAUCGGAGAUCUGAAGGUAUCCAUUGAAUUGGCCUCCGAUGCCAAAGAUUUCCCCAUGGCGCUGGCGAGGAUGAAAGUAGCUGAGAUGAAGGGGGCAACGAUUGUACCUCUACCUUCAAACCGACCACACCUCCCUAUUAAGAUCCCCACUGGAUCUACAGAGAGUGACAGCAGAAGUUCUAGUAGGAGUGUGCAAACGGAAAGUAUCAGAUCACAGAAGGUUACUGAUGGUCUGCCCACAACAGCAAGAAAUCACACAGAGGGAGGGCAUUCCCUUGAUGGGAAUAGCCAAGAAGAGUCUAUCGUCCAUCCACAGAGGGAAAAUGAGGGACUUAAGAAACAGCUGAGUAGACAACGAAACAGAGAGGAAAGGAUAGCAUUAAGACAGCAAGAUGAAUCGGCACAAGUGUCUCAGAGCAAAACUGAAUAUGAGGCCCAGACAUUACACUCCCUACUCUUAAUCCCAGAGGGAAGAGGGGUGACAAUCCACGGUGUGGCACCUCCCAAAUCAAGCAGCUAUAUUCCACACACCCCUCCCAAACCACACCCAGGGUGGGGUGUAGCAGUCCCAGGGCUAGGCGCAGGGCGAGACUUGACAGUCCGGAAUACAUAUCUUGUGUGUCGCCUGUUCUGGAGUGAUGAUUCAGUCAGGUCUAAUGUGUGCUGGGGCGCCACGGAGCCCAAUUAUAACUUCAUGCAGGUUUAUCCUGUGCUUCUUACACCAUCCCUGCUGGAGAGAGCCAGAAACAACUUCAUGAUGAUUGAGGUUUGGGACAAGAAAACAUCUGCCGAGAAUGAUAAGCUUGUUGGAAUUGCCAAACUACCUCUCCACCAGUUUUACAUGUCCUUCAGAGAUGACAGGAUUGCAAGUACUCUACUCAAGUCACAGUACCCAGUAGUAGCGGUGGACAACUACGUGAAUAUCAUAGAUCCCUUCACUGGUACUCAGUUUGGUCAGCUCAAAGUCCUACUAGCCAUGGGUUCAUCAGAACAGAUCUCAGCUGUUCAGAGACUGAAAUGUGGUGUAGACGUUGCAGACUCCAGACCAAUGAGGCCUGGCCAUUACCUAGAAAGGGGAGAAGCUGUCUCCAGGAAUGUUGAUGAGCAAGAACCCUCUUCAGAUGAACUAGUGGAACAUGUCUUUGAGGUGAUCGUGGAAGGUGUGAGAGGUCUACCUCAGCUGGAGAACACAGUGUGGGGCGAGGCGGAUUGCUUUGUGCAGUACCACUUUCCCUCCCAGGCACAGCACAGGGCCUCAGCUGGUGUCGCCGUUACGUCAGUCGGGCCAGUGUUAACACCCCACCAAACACCAACUACACUCUGUAUGCCAGACCCUACCUUCCACGACGUGUCCAGACACAGGCUUCAGCUGCCAAGAGGUACUCCUGUACAGAGGGAGCUCUUGACUGCGUGUGCAGGGGUCGGUGGUGGAGCUGGUGGGAUACCGUUUGAAGUCUGGUUUCGUUACUACUACCCCAACAUCAGAGACCAGGUCAUUGCUAAAUCAACUCUUCCUCUUGCCAAGCUGUGUGCGAUGGUCACAAUGCAGAGACGAGGUGAACCCAGUGUUCAGACCUUCUCCCUCCCACUACGACUUCAACACCCGGAUCAGGAAUCCCUUACCAAGGAACAAAUAGCAAAGCUUCAAGAUGCAGGACUUAUAGAUGUGACAAUAAACUAUCGUCAUACCGUGGUACAGGGCCAAGGCUCUGCUCCUAGGGUCAGAGAGAUGGGUGGACCUCAGGUGUGUCUCUCAGUGGGAGUCAUUCGAGCAUGUGGCUUAAAGAGUGCUGCAAAAUCCCUUGCCAAGUUUGAUAGCGGUCUACAGUAUGCCAGUGAGGUCGGGGUCAAUGCCUACAUCAAGAUGGAACUCUCCUUCCUGUCAAAGCAGGAUGUACGUGUGACGCAGACUAUCGCACGUUCCUUUGCACCGGAGUUUUCACACCAUGUGGACUUUCCGUGUCCGCUUCUCUUUGAUGAGCAAGAGAGUGACAGUCUGAGUCUAGCAGAGGCUUUGGAGUCCGCUGAGAUGAUUCUACAAGUGUGGCAUCAAGUACCUGGGUUCAGACCAGAAAAUGUUGCAAAUGUUAUCCCUGUUGCGGACGGACGACACCAAGGGAUCUCUGCACAGAGAAGGUUUGCCCCCACUGGAGAUGUUCUACUGGGAUCAACUACCGUACCACUGCACUCUCUAUUGGCACAAAGAACAGGUAUACAGGGGUGGUACCCACUCACAACACCCACACCAGGCUGGGGCAAACAACCUCCAAGUCUCUCCACGUCAGAGUCACCCAAGUCCCUUGGGAGGAGUGGCCUAGAGAGGGUGGGAGGCGGUCUGGAGCUGUCCAUCAAGUUCCCCCAUCAGGGAGACCGAGAUCGGGUCAUGGAGGCCGGGAGGAGAGUAGGCUGGUCUCCCGAUGAUCAUGAAGGAAUGGAGGAGAUGGUGGAUGAGGAAGGUGGAGCAGCUGGUUCCCGUUCUGCGGACAUUAGUAUAAACAUUGAUUCUGCCUGGUUCCCUGUUCAUGCUGCUCUAAGGCCCGGUCAGAAUGCUCUUGACUCUGCUGCAAAGGCUUACGUCAGAUAUAAGUUCUACGACAAAGGAUCAAUAUGUUCCAAGCUGUGCUAUGUGGAUGUGAAUGAUGAGAACUACAUCCAAGCUGACUUCAAGCACAGUCGUCACUUUCAUGCAGCGUUCAGUCAACCCCUGGCCUGGUAUUUGAGAGAAGAACGCUUGGAGCUGCAGCUCUGGGUCAGCUUCAACCAGGAGCUUUCAGCUGAGGAAACAAGCCACACUCGCCCACGCCAACGAGAUAAGCUGAUUGGCUGUGCCUAUGUGGACAUGUCCGCUCUGUGCGACAAGAGGAUCAAGCAGCAUAGGAUUAGUGGUCUGUACCCAUUAUUCCGGCCUGGUUCUACUGAUCUUGGAGGUAGCUGCAUGAGGGUUCAUCUCAGCUUGAAGUACCUCCAUGGUGGGAUGACACAUCAACAGGAAUGGUCUGAGGAAGAUGAACACCUCCCGUCCUCAUCCCAACGGACUCAUCCUCCGCCCAGUCAUCCUUCACACCAAGACGUUGCCGUGGACCCUGAAGAGGCAGCAAGGAGGAUUGAAGAGGAGCGGAGGAGACAGCAAGAAGAGUAUGAGAGAAGGAAGAUGAUGGAGCCGGUGUUGAUGGGCGUGGCUGUAGAGAGAGCAAUGCAUCUUCCGUCUGUCCCAGGCGUAAACAGAUUGGACGACAGUCUACCCAGUUGCUAUGUUACCUUCCAACAGGCUGAUGGUGCCCCUGUUCAUACAGACACUGUACCAGACAAUGAUCAACCAGUCUGGGGUUCUGAGCAUGAAGUUAGGAUUAGUGCUGAAGUGCUUGACCGUCAGAAUUUCAUCUUCAAGGUGUGGCAUCAAGCGGGGUCCGAGCGAGACAUGAAUAGUGAUCGUAUGUUGGGCUUUGCCUCGGUAGACCUAGCACCACUCCUAUCGGGGUUUAGAAGCCUCAACGGCUGGUACAACAUCCUGGACUUCAGUGGUCAUUGCCAGGGUCAGAUCAAAGUCUCUAUUAUACCCAGGGAGAGCGUGUCACCGCUGAAACGAUCGCCCAAACAAAAGACAACCCCCAACACCUCCGCCAUCUUUGCCCAAGGGUUCCCCCUAGUCCCGUUCUCCACAUUCGCCCAUCAGCACCAACCAAGCAAGCAAGUACCCAAAGAAUCAAGCAAGCCCACAGGCCAGCAACCACCCCCUCCAAAAUCUACUCACCCUCCUCAGUCACUAAACCACUACACCGAACACCUGCAAAAUGUUCGAAGGUUCCAUGAGGAUCUCCAUAGCAAGUUGAAAGUACAGCAGCAGGGUUGGACCACUGCGGAGAAGAGGGGGGACACUGGGAGGGGAUCAAGAGAAGUAUCUUCUGUAGGUUUUGAGGACAGAAGCCAGGGACCUACUGCAGUUUCAAGCUCAUUUCUGAUGACAAACCUCAGAAAAAACCUUGAGGAGCUAGACAGCAUGAACCAGGGACUACAGCAGAGGUUGACAGUCCAGGAACCAAGAGAAUCAAGCCAAGACGAGGAGCAAAUGGCCAGGCCAGUGCCGCCUGCUCCACAGGAACCCCUGAGAAAAGGGGGUGGUCACCACAGUGUAGAUGCUAACAGACGGCAAGAGAACAUCAGUUAUAUGAGAACUAGUGAUGAGGAUAUUUUGGAGAAAGUCAGGCAGGAUUUAAGACAAGAGGGGAGUAUUGAAGAUGAAGAUGGGCACAAUGCAGAUUGGUAUGGCCAAGAUAUUGACGGGCGUGGCCAGGAUAUUGAUGGGCGUGGCCAAGAUACGGACAGGCUUGGCUAUGAUGAGAACAUUCCUGGCCAUAAUGAUGAUGGGCAUGGCCACAAGUUAGGGCGUGGCCAUGAUGAGGAUGGUCAUAGCCAGUAUAAAAAUGGGCAUGGCCAUGGUGAGUUCAGGCAGGGCCUAGAUGAGGACGGUCAUAGCCAGGAUGAAAAUGGGGGUGGCCCAGAUGAGGAUGCCAGAGUGCCGUUAUAUGAGAGUGACUGGGAGGACGAUGUGCAAUUUCGAGAUGAAGACGAUGUCAUCGUACCUAAACCUCUGAAUGACGUGUCGUCACCUUACUUCAGUAAUGCCGUCAGGCCAGAUGCAUUCCGGGCAGACUUGACCCUUGACCCUUCGAGAGAACUGCAUUACCAACUCCGAGAAACUGAGGCGGACUCAGAGAGAAGGAAGGAGGUUCAGGAGGAGGAGGAUUUUAGAACUCUUGAAACAGAGAAGCGAAGGACAGUAAUGGAGCAUAGUGAAGGCCCUCAUCAUGAUUUUUCUGCACAAGAAGCUCAUGAAGAGUAUUUGGAAGAUCAAGACUUAAGGAGCCAAGCUUGGCAAAGUGAUGCUGCUGAAAGUCUUCCAACCAACUCCAAUGAAUCGGAAAGGCUUGCAGAUGUAAAAUAUCAAAGCUCAGAUGGCGACAGAGACUCAGAUUCCAAUAAUGGCGUCAAUCAGGAGAUACUAGCAGACAAUGAUAUUGAUGUCCAUGUAGCAAGAACUCAACGGAAUGGUGAUGAUCACCACAGACACUAUAUCAGUGCAAUGAAUGACGCUGUCAAUAAACCCGAGGAUUGGCACGCUGCGAGGACGGGCACAGAGCCUCAUAGAGCGUCAUCAGCAGAUACCAAGACAGGGGAGGAGUUUGCAGAUGCUCCGACUCUUACUCAAGAUGCUGCUGGACCUGAAGAUGAGAAUUUUCAAGACAUGGAUGCAAAUCAAUGGAUUGCCCAGGGUAAUGAAUGCCAUACUGGGGUUAAUACGGGUGAUAAAUACACACGUAUAGCCCAAGGCAAAGUAACCCAGGUCAAAGGUCACUCACAAGUUGACCCUGAUGACUGCCUGGGGUCGGAGAAAGGAGGUUUCUCAGAACAUCAAGGUGGGGCUUCUGUACAUAGUAGGCGAGGUGAAGAUGGUAGAGGGGGUGUGGUGAGCACUGAUGAAGAGUCUGUAGUUGUUGCCAUCGACCCUGAGAGGCGGGUUGUCCAAGAAACUAGGAGAAAGAUUCUGCCUGACAAGCCACAACCAGCGCCUGUCCAAAUGCCCAACUUCUUCCUACCGGCGCAUGAUCUUGAAGCAUCAAUGAGGGCGCUGCACACAGUCACCAGCAUCUUGCCAAGAUCACAACCAAGACCAGUCCACAAUGACCAGAUGUCGGAGUCCAGACCAACAGAUGCUGCCCGAGAUCUGACCCAGAGGUUAGCUUCUAAACAUCAGUCAGGAAGAGCUGUAGCAGCUAGACCAAACUUGAAGCACUCCCAUAAACUCCCAACUGCAGAGGAGGCUAAAAGAAUAGCUAAGAUAUUUGCCUCUAGAUUGACUGAGAGCUGACACAAAGAUUAGCUUCUGAAAAUCAGUUGGGGGAGAGCUCAAGCAGUCUGAGUUAGACCAACCAUUAAGCACUCCCAAAAACUGCCUACUUUUGGGGUGGAACUAACACUGUAACCAAAUCAGUCUGUGAAGGAAACUUGUGCACUGGCAUGUCUGUGAGUGCUGGGGAUGCUGCAGUUUAUGCUCACGAAGGUAACACGCUCUAACUUCAGCGCCCAGUUUCAUUGCUUUGGUUACUGUAGGCAACGAAUGGGCACUUACUGAAGCAGGAAAUUCUGUGCUUAUGUAUGUCGAGCGAAUUUCACUGGUCAGAUGGGAAUUUGUUGCUAACAAGUGCGCAUGACACUCCAAGCUUCUUGGUAUUCUUCGCUUACACAGCUAGCGCAGAAACUUGGUGCUUGCCCUGUAGCGAAGAAUGGUGAUCACGAGCCGAAGCGCGGAAUUCAGCGGCAAGCAGAGAAAUGGAGUGGGGGACUUUCGGGACGCUUGGUGGCAGCAGACUUACCGGGUAAAAUCCAUUGUUCUCGGUAAUGUGCACAUGCUC